CUAGUCCCACAACUGCUGCGCCACAAGGCCGAGUUGGGGUAUCUGGUCAUCCUCCAGUCUAUUGCAAAAAUGCACUCACCACAAAGUUUCGAAUAAACUUAAUCCCGGUCGCAUUACCACAUAAUUUAAUUUUGGCUGAUAAACUUAUUCUUGGCCUGCAUUACCGCAGAAAUGGCACUACGGAAAUGUUGUUGCUAUUAUGUUUACACUUUUUUCUGCUCUACUUCUUCCGUGAUAACGAAAAUGGGCAAGCACAAAAAACAACAUAG